AUGGGCAAGAAGGGCAAGAAAGAGAAGAAGGGCCGCGGCGCAGAGAAGACGGCCACCAAGAUGGAGAAGAAGGUGUUAGAAGAAGGGAAGAGGAAACAGGAAGACCUGGAGACCCUCAUAGCCCAUUUCCAGACCCUGGAUGCCAAAAAGACCCAGGUCACGGUAAGUGACUGUGGCUUUUUUUCUUGCAGGUUAAAUGCCCCCCUGUCUGCUCACCCUGAGAAAGGUGAAUUAAUUCUUUUUGGAGGUAAAUAUUUCAAUGGCCAAAAAACCUUCAUGUAUAACGAACUCUAUGUCUACAGAAUCAGAAAGGACUCCUGGACGAAAGUUGACAUCCCUGGCCCACCUCCAAAUCGCUGUGCUAAUCAGCUGUCCUCCUUGUCCAACACCCCAGUUCUUUCUCAGAACAGUUUGCUCUCCUCUCCUGGGAGGGGGUUGGGUGUGGAACUAGGGACAGCUCUUCUGUGUGGACUUUGCAGGCUGCAGGCAGCUGACUGGAAAGAGGUGUGGCUGUCACUGGAGAGUUCAGUGGUGCUUGGAAUGAGCCCUCCAGAACUGUGGAGGGUUUGUCCAGCAGGAGUGGGUGGCACCCAGUCUAGGAUGGCGGUUGGCAAGGGGAGAUCUGCCUUGGUGUUGGGUCUGAAGUGUGUAAGGAAGCACCCAGAAGUUCAGGAAGGACAAAGUUCUGUGCUUCCCACCCCGACACCAAUGGAGUCAAGUUGGCAAGCAAGAGUAGCCAUCACAGUGCCCAAACAUGGUGGGUGCAUAUCCCCAUCACUGAUGCACAAGUCAGGUGCACACUUAGCCUGUAUGCUGGAGGGAGAAUGUGGAGGGGAUGAGUCCCAGGAGCUUGUCAUCCAGCAAGACCAGCUGGAACAGGGAAUCCUGUCUGAGUGGGAGACUAACUUGGGUCUGAAGACCCUGUGCCCAGGAAAGGAAGCCCUUGGCCCUUUCCACUAUGGCCAGGUGGACUGGGUGGCUGAAGCCCUACCUCUUGGCUCUGCAGCUAUAUCAACAGGUGGUCCUUCAGGUCUUAGUGGACAUCGGAUGGUGGCCUGGAAGUGACAGUUAAUUCUUUUUGGUGGCUUCCAUGAAAGCAUGAGGGACUAUAUCUACUACAGUGACGUGUACACCUUCAGCCUGGAUACCUUCCAGUGGAGCAAGCUGUCCCCUUCAGGCCCUGGGCCCACACCCAGAUCAGGCUGCCUGAUGGCUGUCACCCCCCAGGGCAGCAUUGCCAUCUAUGGGGGCUACUCAAAGCAGGUAAGGGCCCCUGUGCUUAGAAUCAAGAGAGGCUUCCAUUGAGAUUGUCCCCUCUUACCCCUUCCUCUGUUUUCUUUGACAGGCAAAUGGGCUUGGGCCCAGGUUAACCCAUCAGGGGUCAAGCCUACUCCAAGGUCUGGCUUUUCUGUGGCCCUGGCUCCAAAUCUUCAGAUACUGGUCUUCGGGGGCGUGUGUGAUGAUGAUGAUGAUGAUGAGGAGGAGGAGGAGGAGAGCCUGGAGAGCUCAUCCUUUAGUGACUUAUAUAUCUAUGAUUCUGCCAGGAGUCGCUGGUUCGCAGCACAGCUAAAGGGCCCCAAGUUGGAGAAGAAGAAACGGAGGAGGGGAAAAGUAGAAAAACAGGAAGGUGCCACUGAAGAGGAGAGUGGGGGGACUGGUGCCCAGCCACUGGAGGUGAUAAAGGAGGUGGUGGCUGAAGAUGGGACAGUGAUCGCCAUCAAACAAGUGCUUGCUCCCUCUGGGCUGCCGGUGCGACCCCCACCUAAGGCUGAAGACAGUGCUCUGGAGGCCAGCAGCACUGGGCAGGAGCCAUGUCCGCUUUCAAAUGCCAUGCUGGCUGUCAAGCAUGGACUGCUCUAUGUCUAUGGUGGCAUGUUUGAAGAUGGUGAUCGCCAGGUGACUCUUAGUGACCUCUACUGCCUUGACCUUCACAACAUGGAAGAAUGGAAAACCUUGGUAGAGAUGGAUCCAAAAUCUCAGGAGUGGCUGGAGGAGACAGACUCGGAAGAGGACAGCAGCUCAGAUGAAGAGGGUGCAGAGGGGGGCGAUGAGGACCAGGAAGAGGACAGUACAGAGGACAGGGCUGAGGAGGGAGCAGAUCCACAGCACCCAGACGUGGCUCUUGGGGAGCAGAACGAAGAGUACCUGUCCCGGACUGAACAGUACUGCCUGAAGCUUGCCCGGAACCACAUGGGCCCUGAUGCAAAGGAGAAGAAAGUGCUGAAAGUAGCCCAUGCUAUGGCGAAAGCAGUCAUUGAUGAUGCAGGUCAAGACAUGGCACGGGCCCAACAUUAGACUGAGCGAUGGCUUCAACAUCACUG